UUAUGCUUCACUUUCUGACUAACGUGAACGGAAGCGACAUAGAAGCAUCAGCUACGAACACGGGAUUUGCAAGCGUUGUACUAUUUUUUUAAUAAACUUAAUUUGUUCUUUAAGGGCAGCAGUACACGUGGUUAUCGUGGGCCACGUGACGUUUGGUUCCAAACUAUGUGGACGAGGUUGCUGUAUUCUUCCAGUAGGGUAGUGACUGGCUGUUGAUGCUGCUCUGGAUUUGAGCAUUACGACUCGUACUGACAAACAUACUUCUGGAUUAUUUGUGAUUUUAAACCGAGAUGAUCUCAACAAAUCUAACUAGAUAACAAAGUCAACAGCAACUGAUGGAUGCGAUCUGAUCUAAACAAUCUGAAGCGAGUUAGUUGGUUACGCGGGGGGGAAAAAAAGUCAACGUUAAAAGUGUUAAGUCUGCUGUUUGACGUGUGCCCAGCCAACAAUGAGUGCCAAAUCUGCCAUCGACAAGGAGGUUUUUGAACCGCAUGAUGAGAAAAUGCUCGGAGCAGUCCAGGUCAAAAGGAGAAUGAAGAAAAAGAUCCCGUUCCUUGCCACGGGAGGGCAGGGAGACUACAUGACCUUUAUAUGCCUGUCAGUGACAAAUAAGAAGCCCGCUCAGGUCUCCAUCACCAAGGUCAAACAAUUUGAAGGCUCGUCUGCGUUUGUACGGAGAUCACAGUGGACGCUUGAUCAGCUACGGCAGGUGAACGGAAUUGACCCAAAUCAAGACUGUGCAGAAUUCGAUUUAGUAUUUGACAACGCUUUUGACCCGUGGGUAGCAGGCUCAGCCACACAGAAAUGCAUGUUCUUUCAGAUCCUCCACCACACUUGUCAGCGGUUCCUUGCAGACAGGAAGCCAGAGUUUAUUAACUGCCAGUCCAAGUUACUUGGAGGUAACAGCAUCUUGCAUGCAGCUGCAGAUAGCGUCACCAGUGCAGUACAGAAGGCUAGUCAGGCCUUGAAUGAGCGUGGGGAACGGUUAGGCCGCGCAGAAGAAAAAACGGGUGAAAUGAUGAACAGUGCCCAGCACUUUGCCGAUACUGCACACAAGCUUGCCAUGAAGCAUAAAUGAUGAGACGUUGCCAAAUGUUUGGGGGUCCACCCAGGGUGAAACAAACAGGCCUUUUGUGUGUGUGUGUGUGUGUGUGUGUGUGUGUGUGUUUUGUAUUUUUUUUUGUAUUAUUUUUUUUGCAUUGAAGAACAUUCAGUGUUUAUUAAAUAUGAAGAUUUUGAACUGGAUAAAAAAUACAACUCAACAGAUCACAGCUAUUUGGGGUUAACCCUUUCCCUCCUAUUGUUGGGUUUUGAUCACACCAGAGAACGCGAUGUUACAGCAGCUUUCAACAGCCAGCCAACCAAUCCUCAGUUACAACCAACAUAAAAAACAAAGCAGUCCUCUUCUGAUGGAUCUUUGUUGUUUGGUCCCAGUCCUCUUCUGAUGGAUCUUUGCUGUUUGUUGCUGCUCAAAACACCUGUCAUUUCCAAAGGAGAAGUAGUUUCAUUUGUGUUAUAUGUAUUUAAAACAAGUCAUUUAUCAAAUCCCCAUGUUCUUUGGCUAAAGUGGUUCAUUGUACAACUUUAGUAAACAAGACAGGCAGUGGCAUUGUUGGCAUUUGUUCUUACUAUACAUGGCAUUUGAAUUCUAUCUGCAUUUUCAUCUACCCCCUUCAAGGAGUGUAUGGGAACCAUAUUACAAUCAAGUCUGAUAUUGGCAAACCAUGUAUUUUACAGGUGUUUUGUUUAAAUAUUAUUCAUGCUUGUACAAAGGGGUGUUUUUAAAGCAUUUUUUCCGUACUAGACAUAGCAAUAACAAGAUUGGGAUCUGCUAUUUUCACUCUCCUUAUCUAACUGAACCUGUGUUGUGUGCAGAAGACCAAAUCUGUUAUUAUUAAAUAUGUCACUAAUCUGUUAUUAGGUAGUUGUUUUUUUUUUAAUUGUGUGUCAGUUUUUCUGUAAAGGGUAUUAAAUGUGUCACCAAUAUUCAGUGGUGUUUUGAUGUAACUGAAAGCAUAUUUUUUAUUGUUUUAAUGUAAAUACCAGUAGUUACUAUUAACUACAUAUGUAGUGAAAGUGCAUACAUUAUAUGUUGUUUCAUAUGUAGUAACAGUGUAAUAGCUAUAUGUAAAGAAAGUAUAACCAGUGCCAUUAAGUAAACAAUACCUUUUUAUAAAAUAGGAGGAGCUUGCAAUGACUUGGAUACAAUGGGGGAAUGUGAAAAACUGUUGCUGGUUACAGUAAUAUAUUAAAAAAUAAAUUAUAAAGGAAAACAAUAGUGAAGCAGGUUAGUGUUCCAUAUGAAAGUAUGUUCAGUCAGUUUCUUUAUCACUUUGUUCUUUUUACUGUAUUGUAAUUCUGAAUAAUAAAAUAAAUUACAAAAUAAUAAAAAAAAAAAA